CUAUUAAACUUGAGAAGUUUUGUAGCAAGCCGCAACGCUUUCACUGGAACUAUCCCUUCUCCUCUCUUCACCAUUCCUUCUUUGGCUGGAAUUCAUUUGAGUGAUAACCAACUCAACGGCACUCUUGAGUUUUGGAAUAUAUCUUCAUCAUCUAACCUACAAAGGUUAAGCAUUGGCAAGAACAACUUCAAAGGGCCAAUCCCGAGAUCCAUUUCCAAAUUUGUCAACCUUCAGACACUUGAGCUUUCUCAUUUCGACACCCAAGGCCGCCCAGUUGACUUUAGUAUCUUCUCGCCUCUCAAAUCACUCGAUAGUCUUGACCUACCCUAUUUGAACACCACCACUACGAUUGACUUGAAUGAUAUCUUAUCAUAUUCCAAAAGCCUCUCUUUCUUAGAUCUCUCAGGCAACCAUGUUUCAACAACAAACAAGAGUUCAGUUUCAAAUCCCCCUUCACAGGAGAUAUAUGCUUUGAGCUUAUCAGGCUGCGGUAUCACCGAGUUUCCAGCAGAGCUCCUAAGAACCCAACAUGAAAUGUGGUUUCUAGACAUCUCCAACAACAAAAUCCAAGGUCAAGUUCCUGGCUGGUUAUGGACUCUACCAUAUUUGAAUUACGUGAAUCUUUCCAACAACACUUUCAUCGGUUUCCAAAGAGCAAAGAAGAAACAAGGACUAUCCUCUGUCCUGAAACCAUCUAUGGUUCACUUGCUUGGCGCCAACAACAACUUCACCGGAAAGAUUCCUUCUUUCAUAUGCGAGUUGCGUUCUCUAGAGACUCGAUUUAUCUGAAAACAACUUUAACGGUUCAAUCCCUCGUUGUAUGGGAAAUCUGAAGAGUACUCUUUCGGAUCUAAACCUUCGGCAGAAUAAUCUUAGUGGAGGUCUUCCAGAGCAUAUAUUUGAAAGUCUAAGGUCGUUCGAUGUCGGUCAUAACCAACUUGUGGGAAAGCUUCCAAGAUCUUUGAAUCGUUUAUCUACUCUUGAAGUUUUGAACGUGGAAAGCAACAGAAUCAACGACACGUUUCCGUUCUGGCUGGGUUCUCUACAAAAGCUACAAGUUCUUGUCCUUCGCUCCAAUGCAUUUUAUGGACCAAUUCAUCAAGCCUCGUUCUCUCAAUUGCGAAUCAUCGACAUAUCACAUAAUCACUUCGAUGGAACUUUGCCAUCAAAGUACUUUUCGAAGUGGACUGCUAUGUCAUCACUUGGGACCGACGAAGAUCGUUUUUACGAUAAGUACAUGAGAGAUUAUGGAUCAGGCGAUUACUAUGAUUCAUUGGUUUUAAUGAAUAAAGGUGUAGAGAUGGAACUGGUACGUAUCUUAAAAAUCUUAACAGCAAUCGAUUUUUCUGGAAACAAAUUUGAAGGAAAGAUUCCAAAGUCCAUCGGUCUAUUGAAAGAGCUUCGUGUGCUUAACUUGGCAAACAAUGCAUUCACUGGCCGCAUCCCUUCAUCUAUGGGGAACCUGACAGUUCUCGAGUCGUUAGAUGUUUCCCAAAACAAGCUUUCAGGAGAAAUUCCACAAGAGCUAGGGAACCUCUCAUUCCUUGCGUACAUGAACUUCUCUCAUAACAAGCUUACAGGCCUAGUUCCAGGGGGCACUCAGUUUCGGACGCAGCGUUGCUCUUCUUUCGAGGACAAUAUGGGACUUUUUGGCUCUUCUCUUAACGAAAUUUGUAGAGAUGCUCACACGCCAGCCACACAAUUAUAUGAAACGCUGGAAUCAGAGAAUGAAGACGAAGAAGAGGUGAUUAGUUGGAUAGCAGCUGCAAUAGGAUUCGUACCUGGUGUUUCCUUUGGAUUUACGAUUGGAUACAUAUUGGUUUCCUACAAACAAGAGUGGUUCAGGAACCCUUUUGGCCGAAACAAUCGUAGAAGCAGAAGCUCCACAACUCACUAGAGAGGGUGUCCAAGAUAACAACAAGAAUGAGGCAUGCGAGAGAGAGAUGAAGGUCACACUAUCCGCAUAUAUGAUUUGAUAACGUUUAAGAGCUCUCAUUGCUUCUCCAUUAUUCAAGUGUCUAGUUAAUAAAUUUCUUAGCGCAUUAAUUUGCUUGUGAAUAA